AUGCCCUCUCCACAACCACGGUCGCCACCAAUUUCGCCGCCCUACUCGUCAGGCGGAUCAAUGUACAAAGGCGACAGGUAUUCCUUACUGUACGACCAGGAUGAUCCAAUGUCCCACCAAGAUGUGAAGUUUGAGCCGAAUCGGGCGCCCACCAACUUUGCAGGCCAGGACCCUCUUAGCCAGAGGAGCUGGUUCAGCCGUAACGGGCGGAUUAUGCUCCUUGCAGCCGGACAGACGGCGAUCCUGUUCUUGGGAUGGGGGUUCUUAGCCGCCACGGUGUAUCAGACGCACAUAGCGCUGCCAGACAGUGCUGCGCAUUAUGUGUAUUCGUCAGCGAGCGAAACGACGUUCGUUGCGAGUUUGAUAGCUUCUGCGAUUGCCCUUGUAUCUAUUUGGAUUUACUCUCUCGCUAUCCAGUUGGCCCUAACCAACAGAGUCAUUCGACAACCCAUUCCGCUCCAAAUCUUCGGGUUUUCUGUGAAGAUAUCAAGAGGUAGCCUGGUCAUCGACAGAAGGCACUUAGGGUGGACAUGGGGCUCAGCAAUGGUAUGGUUAGCAGUGGGAACUUCGGCGUCGGGGUGGACGGCCCUUCUGAAUCCAAAGACAAUCCUGCUUCCGGGUUAUAUCGACGGUACUGAGAUAGACCUCGGCAGCGCCUCAUUCUCCGAGUACACGUCUCAAGUCGCGAUACCGGAAGAUGGGUCCCAUGGCUCCAUUGCUGCGACUAUUAACAACGCUUUUGAGUUAAUGGACAUAGCUGGUACCCUCGUUGGUCAUUCUUCGGGAGGAACGCGUCUCGGUUUACCUAGCUUCUUCAACUUCAAUGGAGGCUCUUAUAACCUCUCUACCGGGGGUAUACUACCUGCGAUUCCUGAUUUUGUCGAUAAUGUCAGCACGCCGACAGCCACCAUGUUCGCAUUCGGUGGGGGAACUGUUGUCUUAAACACAACCGUGCAUAACAACCUUGCCGGCAUGUCGCGGAAUUAUACCGUGAACCAGCAAGGUCUCACCGCGAACGUAUCAUGCUCUCAACAAGACUUGGACUCUCCGUCACCAUUCUCGCUCCUCAACAACUACGUCUUUUACAACCCUCCCAACUCCCCGGGAAAUAACACGGGAUACCGGUUCUGGACCUCGUCGGCCAAUUGUAGCAACAGCGCAGCACAGAUCGGUUACUAUGAUCAAGGCUAUGUCACAACCGCCAACGCCACUAACUAUGCCAACUGUGCUGGAACCGGGUUCCUACCUGUCGUAGCAUGCCCGAUGCAAGACACGUCAGGGCCAAACAACAAUAGCUUCACAAUCGUGAUGAUGGGCGAGUGCAAAUACGACUUCAUUCCACCCACCAUCUGCGAAGUGACGCCGAUCGUGACGAACGUGGUCGCUGACUACAACAACGGGAUAAUUAGCGCCCAGAGCCCGCAGAACUACUACGCGCUUGGGGAGUCCAACCCGACGGCGCUCUCGUUCAUAGUCGGACUCGCUGUAUGGAUCGGUGGACGUGCUCAGGGGCCUGUUGGAAACUCGAUCGGGGACUCGGUCUUUCUCAUUCAGUCUACUCAGCAGCAAGAUCAAACAACCACGAAUGCGACAAUCAAUACGAUUCUGGAGGACUAUUGGCGGGGCGUUGUGGAGUUCGGAGGCACGUUCAUCCGUUCCGGAUUCUCAGCGGAAGGCACCUUUGAGAACAACGUCAUCCCUCCCAACAUGACGAGAUCCUUGCAGGGAGUGUCUUAUGUGCUCACGAUGGGCUGGUCAUAUCAGUCUGUUGGGACUCUGGUCACGCUUCUUCCGCAAACUUUCAUUGCGCUUCUUACAUUCGUCGUCCUCGCGAUGGCCGGUGGCGAUGCUAUUGCCCUCCGAGAUGGAUUUGACCUGACAGACGUCGGCGAUGUUGUUCUCUCUACUACCUCAAACAGUGCUGGACUUCAAGGCGUGCCGGCAGGAGCACAGAAGAAAGUCAGAACGGAGAGGGAAAGCGUGCAGCUGCAGGUUACGGAUGAUGGCAGAAAGGUACUAAUGCUUGGAUAUUAG